AUGGCGAGCGAGCAACCUUGUUUUUCAUGUGAGAACAUAACAAAAUAUACAUGUAUUUCUUGCGCUACUUUCGUUUGCAAUCGAUCGACUUGCUCAGCUGCUGAAAUAGAUGAAAGUGCACACGGUUGGGUUGAAGGUGUUAGUGUUGGGUACUGCAAUGAUUGUGUUUCAGAUUUGUCAAGCGUUGCAGGUACAAUUGACUUUGAAAAUAAUGUCGAAGAAGCAACAGCUAAACGAAAAGAAAAAAGCAAAGCAUCUGGUCGAAGAUCAAUAUGGACCUCUGCACAUAUUGAUGACAUGGUUGAUAUAAUUGUAAACAAUGAGACUUACAAAAAGAAACUAAUCUUUGUGAACAAUCGGCGUUCAACAAACACAGAAAUUUAUGACCAAACUCUUAUUAAAGAAAGGCAUCCAUCUUUUCCAUUUAACAUUGUGCAGAUGAGAACAAAAUUUAAAUGGUGUGUUUCUGUUUGCAAAAAAGUGGCUCUUACUAUACAAACAGCAACAGGUAUAAAAAGAUUCAUUGAAGAGAAAGGUUAUGGUAAAUGGUUUGAUGGACUAUUUCCCUUAAUAAAAAGCAGGGAUUCUUGUCAGCCUGAACAAGCAAUUGAGCCAUCUGCGAGUGUAAGUUCAAGCAGCACCAGCACCCCUGUAAAUUUCCCUGACAAGGACAACGAUGACGAGGAUGAUGAUGAUGAUGACGACAGACAAAUAGAGCAACCUCCACAAAAAAAAGAGAAAAUAUGUUUGUCCCCAUCAAUGAUAGAAAAUGAUCCCACAAAAGAACUCAUAGAAUUUAUGAAAGAAGAUGCUGCAAAAUCAAGGCAAAAUGAGAUGGAACUUAUCAAAAUUUUGUCAAAUCAACAUUCAAGAGAAGGUUAUGCUCCUGUCAUGCAUCAUCAAAAUCAUCAGCAAGGGUAUUUCCAAGCAGCACAACUCCCACAGCACUGGCAACAGCCUGCAGUUCCGAUGGUCUCUCAAACUCCUCCACCACAACAACAUUGGCAACAACCUGCAGUUCCCUUAGUUCCUCAGACACGACCAAGUGGCCAAAACUGCCACCAUCAGUGUUUGACAGUGAACCAUCAAGUGGGUCAAGCUUUUCUGUGGCAAAAAAAACCACAUAUAAGAAACUCUGAGUUAUUGACUGAUGCAAUAUUAGAGUCAGCUAAAGUUUUAAAAACUGCUGUGGAAAAUGAUCCCACUAAGGACAUAAUAAAUAUCAUUAAAGAGGAAAUGCAGCAAUCCAGAGAGCAAGACAAAAAAUUUAUGGAACAAAUGGCAAUUAUUGUUCUACAAAAUUUACAUCCAGGAUCAUCUCAAACUUAUCGCCAAACCCCAAUAUCUGCUUAUGACUGUACAGUUGGACACUUAACAAAUACCAAUCGGGGCUUGGAAUUGAAUUCAUUUGAUCAUCAAUCAAAUGCAAGUGCACAACAACAAACAUCUAGCAAUGGGGACAUGACAUGGAACAUGCUUAAUAGCCCUCGUACAUAUCACCAUUUAUAACACUGUUUUUGUAUUUUAAUUUCUUUACAAAUACUUUAUUUGAACACAAAUUGAGAAACAUUCUUUUGUUUUUUU